AUGUUAACGAGCUUGUUUAUUCAUUCGAUUAAAGACCUUCAAAUGGCUGCACUGACUGGGGGUCGUACUGGGCUCGAGCCGGCUCUUGUUCAGUAUCAAGUAGAACUCUGCCUACAACAAGGCGAAAUUUACGUUGCUGGUCAAGAUAAUAAUGUCGAUGCUGUUUUACUCGCCUAUGCUCCAGGACAAGAUACUCUUGAGAGGCCUCACGAUUUCCAUGUUGUACGCUCAAGCUCUUCUCCACUUCCCGGUCCGCUCUCCGACUAUCUCUCAAAAUUGUCACCGGAAAUGCAGCAAUGGUGGACCGCUCAUGUUUGUUGCUUUCCCCUCCCCCAUAUCUCUAUCCUUGCUAAUGCCUUGCGGUCCACACUCAAGUUCCAACCCAAGUUUUCCGAGUUAACGAACAUGGCACUCGGUUCCCAAGAAGGACGAAAAGCUGCAUGGUAUAUUAAGACGAUUGCUGUUCACCCGGAUAAACAACGCAGUGGUAUUGCCCGCCAGCUCCUGGAGACAGUGCUCAAGAAGGCGAACGCGUCGGGUCGGAAAGCAUGCCUCGAGGUCAACAACGACAGCAUGGUUCGGUUCUUUUCGAAAUUCGGUUUUCGUGUGCGAGCCACGAAGAAUUUUGGGAGCUAUCAAGGCGGUUUUAUCCUUUUUCUGAUGACGAAAGAUCCUGCACGAUAUCCUGCUGUCGUCGUCGAUAUAACAGUACUAGUGACAAUCUUUUGA